UGGUCACAUUCAACCCUCGCAGCGAAACAAAACUCAACAAAUUAAUAAAUUUCUAAGGCGAAACGUCAACAAUUUCGGGUACCAAAUCAAAACCGUUUCUUCACAACGAAGUAGACCUAAAUACAAAGGCUGCAACACCGGCAUUUAGCACAGGCGACUAAAUUUAAUCGGGUUAAUUAGCGAGAAAUGGCACGCGGGCACCAGAAGAUCCAGUCGCAGGCGAAGGCCUCCGAGAAACAGGCCAAACUGAAGAAGCAGCAAGGACACAGCGCCAACGACCAGAAAAAGGCGGCCCAAAAGGCACUAGUUCAUGUGUGCGCUGUUUGCAAGUCGCAAAUGCCCGAUCCCAAGACUUAUAAGCAGCAUUUUGAGAACAAGCAUCCCAAGAACGACAUGCCCGAGGAGUUAAAGGAUGUCUGAUGGCAUUUACAGGAUGAAUGUAUCAAGAUAAAGGAGAUCGACGAGUUGCCUACCAGUACGAAACCUUUGCAACAAUAACUUUACAACAGCCCAAACAAAACAAAAGCCUACAAUAAAGCCGACGCCAAGAGGAUGGAUAAUAGUAAUAAUAAUUAUAUUUGCCAAUGCAAGGAGAGCAGCUGAAUUUUUUGUAUACACACUGCUGGCUUUUGGUUUUGGUUUAAGUUUAAACAUUGAAAAUAACACAGUAUGCAAUUGUUCGAUGAAUGGAUAACUACCACAAUACAAAGCAACCUACCACAUAGCAGAAUAAAUAAGAAUGUUUUUAAUUUGAUAUUUAUUAGCACUGAAAGACAGCAAUAAAUACUCGGUGCUCCAUUUUGAGUUGGGUUAUGAAGAUGAAUUUUAUACGAAUAAUGACAGAAAUGAAAAAAGUGAACAAAUCUUUUUGUACAAUAAAAAUUUUGAAUCCUGUAAGUGAAAA